AAGUCCAACCGGAAGUUGAGCCAACCACUGCGGAACAACAGAGCUGUCACAGUGGAGUCCGUGGGUUUUGUUUUGGGUUGUCGCCUCUGCUACAGAUUGAACUUACUACAUACACAAAGAAGAGGAUGCUUGCUGCAGGAAACAAUCCUUUCCAACAUAUAGUGGAGCCUCUUAGCCCCGAGGUACCAGGCCAGAGGUUUUUCAAUCUUCUUAAACUCGGAGAUCCCAGAUAUGACAGGCUGCCGUUCUCUGUCCGGGUCCUGUUGGAAUCAGCCAUCAGAAACUGUGACGAGUUUCUAGUGAAGAGCUUAGAUGUGGAAAACAUCCUAAACUGGCAGCAAACCCAGACUCAAAGUGUGGAGGUACCGUUCAGGCCGGCCCGUGUCAUCCUCCAAGACUUCACUGGUGUUCCUGCUGUGGUAGACUUCGCUGCCAUGCGGGAUGCAGUGAUGAAGUUGGAUGGUGACCCAGAAAAGAUUAAUCCAGUUUGUCCUGCUGACCUCGUUAUUGAUCACUCCAUCCAAGUGGACUUUAACAGGAAGUCUGACAGCCUUCAGAAGAACCAGGAUUUAGAGUUUGACCGCAAUAGAGAAAGAUUUCAGUUUUUGAAGUGGGGGUCCAAAGUCUUCAAGAACAUGCGGAUCAUUCCUCCCGGUUCAGGAAUUGUUCACCAGGUCAACCUGGAGUAUUUGGCCCGGGUGGUGUUUAAUUACGAUGGCUUCUUCUACCCAGACAGUCUGGUGGGCACAGACUCCCACACCACCAUGAUUGAUGGGCUGGGUGUUCUUGGCUGGGGUGUUGGGGGCAUUGAAGCAGAAGCUGUGAUGCUGGGGCAGCCAAUAAGCAUGGUGCUUCCUGAGGUGGUGGGAUACAAACUGCAUGGGACACCAGACAAGCUCAUCACCUCCACUGACAUCGUCCUCACUGUGACUAAGCACCUCCGUCAGGUGGGCGUUGUGGGGAAAUUUGUGGAGUUUUUCGGCCCGGGUGUGGCCCAGCUAUCCAUUGCUGACAGAGCCACCAUUGCUAAUAUGUGUCCGGAGUACGGAGCCACAGCGGCUUUUUUCCCAGUGGAUGACAUCAGUAUGAAGUACCUGGAGCAGACUGGACGGGAACCAGAAACUCUGGCCUACAUUACCAAGUACCUGAAGGCAGCAGGCAUGUUCAGAGACUACAAUAAUAUUGCCCAGGAUCCAGAUUUCACUCAUGUAGUACAGUUAGACCUCAGCACAGUGGUUCCUUGCUGCAGUGGUCCCAAAAGGCCACAGGACAGGAUUCCUGUUUCUGAAAUGAAAACGGAUUUUGAGUCUUGUUUGGGAGCAAAGCAAGGAUUUAAGGGUUUCCAGGUGGCACCUGAACGCCAUAGCACUGCGGUCUCCUUCCAGUUCAGUGGGAAGGAGUAUACUCUGGGCCAUGGCUCAGUAGUCAUUGCUGCUAUCACCAGCUGCACCAACACCAGCAACCCAUCUGUCAUGCUUGGAGCAGGGCUUCUUGCUAAGAAAGCAAUAGAGAAUGGUCUAAAUGUGAAGCCGUACAUAAAGACCAGCCUGUCACCUGGCAGUGGAGUGGUGACCUACUACCUGAAGAAGAGUGGCGUAAUGGACUUCAUGUCUCAGCUGGGCUUUGAGGUUGUUGGCUAUGGCUGCAUGACGUGUAUUGGAAACAGUGGUCCACUCCCUGAUUCAGUGGUGGAGGCCAUAACUAAGGGGGAUCUGGUUGCUGCAGGGGUCCUGUCUGGAAACAGAAACUUUGAAGGGCGAGUCCACCCCAACACCAGAGCUAACUAUCUGGCUUCGCCACCACUCGUUAUAGCUUAUGCAAUAGCUGGCACAGUGAGGAUAGACUUUGAGAAGGAACCUAUUGCUGUUAACUCAGAAGGCAGACAAAUCUUCCUCAGGGAUAUCUGGCCGACUCGAGAUGAGAUUCGGGCAGUGGAGAGAACAUUUGUCAUUCCAUCAAUGUUCAAAGAAGUCUAUGACAAAAUUGAGAAAGUGAAUGAUCGUUGGAACUCUCUGGUGGCUCCUUCUGAUAAGUUGUACACCUGGGAUGAUAAAUCAACCUACAUCAAGUCACCACCAUUUUUUGAUGGAUUGACCAUGAAGCUGUCGCCUCCUGAGUCUAUAAAAGAUGCCUACGUUCUGCUGAACCUGGGUGACUCUGUCACAACAGACCACAUAUCUCCUGCGGGAAACAUUGCCAGGAACAGCGCUGCAGCACGCUACCUCACUGAGAGAGGUCUGACUCCUAGAGAGUACAACUCGUAUGGCUCUCGGAGAGGUAACGAUGCAGUCAUGGCCAGAGGGACGUUUGCCAACAUCCGCCUCUUUAACAAGUUCCUUGACAAGCAGGCACCCCAAACCAUUCACCUUCCUACUGGAGACACGCUUGACGUUUUUGAUGCAGCCGAGAGAUACAAGCAGUCCGGUGUCCCGCUGCUAGUUCUAGCUGGGAAGGAGUAUGGCUCAGGGAGCUCCAGGGACUGGGCUGCAAAGGGCCCGUUUCUCCUGGGCAUCAAGGCCGUUCUAGCAGAGAGUUAUGAAAGGAUCCACCGCAGUAACCUGGUUGGAAUGGGGGUGAUCCCUCUGGAGUAUCUGCCUGGAGACACAGCUGCCAGCCUGGGGCUGAGUGGCCGAGAGCGCUACUCCAUCAUCAUCCCCCAGCAGCUCACCCCCCGCAUGACUGUGGAUGUGGAGCUGGACACAGGGAUGACGUUCAAAGUGCGCAUGAGAUUCGACACCGACGUGGAGCUGACUUACUUCCACCACGGAGGAAUUCUCAACUAUAUGAUCCGCAAGAUGUCACAAAACUGAUCUGUCGGAAGAUUGUCAGCUGUAAACUCACCUGGAGAAUAAUCCUGUCGAAAGGUGCUCUGACCAGUUGUCCAGAGUUGAAGUUAGUUGAUAUUCCUUUGCUUGGUUCUGAUCGGUGAGCAGCAAGCGAAAUACUGAAAAAUCCAUCCUUAUUUUUAUUAUCAUUUCUAGUCUCUUAAAUGCAACAAUAUUAAAUAUAUCUACCAUUAUAAACAUAAAUGAAUCGACUCAUAAUGUGAACUUUGUUUAGAGUAUAAAUUGGAGGAAGCAUUGUAAGCAAAAAUAUGCUGCACAAUAUAUCGGCACUAACAUCUGUAUCAGCCAAUAUUAGUCAUUUUUUAAUAUAUGGAUAUCUUGUUGCUGUUUGCUUCAGGGAGAGUUGGGGGCUGAGGUGGAGUUUGAACACUGAUGGUGAUGGAGCAAAGGAUUAGUAGUAGUGAGUAGGGAAGUUAGUGGUGUGGUUGAGGUUUUUUUAAAGGUUUCAAAAGGUAAGUAAAAUGUAUUAUUAUUAUUAUUAUGUAUUAUGUAUAUAAUAUUAUAUAUAUAUAUUUAGAGUUAUCCCGAUAGAACUCUUUCAUGAUAUCACAGCUUCUUGGUCGAUACAAAAUUGACCCUAUAAAAUAUCAGCACAAACUAUGCAUAAUUUUAUGACUUGUUUUGUGGUGUGGGAUGUCAAGUGAAAGCACUUAGUGAUCUGUGGAGCUCAUUCUCUUAAAGGAACAUGACCCAAACUGCGAUUACCCAAGAACUAUUAUCUGUCUCCAUUGAGCCUUUUUCAUGGUCGUUUUUUGGGACCAAGCUAAGCACUGUAGAAAAAUAUUGGAUGGAUGUAAUGUGAGCAAGUUAGGUGCUGUGCUGAUGCUAACAGAAGGAUGGAAUGUGAUUAACACUGUUGAUCCCAGAACUCCCUGUCAGACAUUUCUCUUCCUCAGUAAUUGCCUUACUCUCACUGAUGCUUUGCUCUUGUGCCUCUGUGAAAUUGUUUUUAUGGUUAUAUCAAUGUACUUCAACAUAAGGACUCCAGAUAAAAGUAAAACCUAAAAUGAUUUA